AUGCUAUCUUCUAUCUUUGGUUCGAUGAUGAACUUUUCCGCUAGAACUGGACUUCUGGGAUCUAAAACUAAUGUUUCAUCGCUCAUCCUCACCAGAAACUUGAUGAAAACACACAAAGGUGCCGCAAAAAGAUGGAGAAAAACAGCCAAUAGCUUCAAGAGGGGCAAGGCUGGAAGAAAUCAUGGUAAUGCUGGAUGGAGUAGGAACUCCCUUAAAUCAUUAUCUGGCAGGUCAUUAGCAGACUCCACACAUAUGCAUCGUUUAAAGAGAUUGCUUCCAUACCAUUAA